CACACGGCAUUUAAUGUAAGUACGUUCGAGACGGUUGGUAAGUUUCUCCAUAUGUCUGGUAUCUCUCACUGUAAUAUUCACCCAGUCUGACUGACAUUGUUCUAAGCUUAAUUGUAUAUUUAUCUGUUUCCUAUCGUUUUAUCCAGAUAUCUUUCAACUUACACAAGCGAAUAAACGCCUAUUUAUAGGGCCUGUUACCUUGGCCAGCUGCCAUCACUUUGCUUGCUGUUAUAACGCAGAUCCAGACAGCAUUUUUAUGACUUUAUCGAGUCAAAACGGUAUGUAUUCAGAAUUAUGGUUGAAUUUUUGUUUUCUGGUAAAUGAAUAAUAUACCCUAAGAGCUUUGAUACACAGAAGUAUGUUAUUUACAAAAGGACUUAGAAGAUAUCUGCCAGUGACCAGCAUGACGGCAGCAUGUCUCAGACAAACACAAAUUACACCUAGAAUUUGAAGUAUGCCAUACUAAGUAUGGCCAUCAUGAGAGGCAGUGAAAACUAUUUUUGGCUGAAUGUGUGUUCCACUUGGCUAGGCAUAACACGAUUAAACAGUUUUAUUUUAUGCAUCUUAUUUUUGUUUAAAAAAUAGGCAUCUUGUAUAUAGUAUAUGCUACAGACCUGUUUACUCUUACGAUUUUGGCGUACAAUGUAUGAUUUUGAGGUGUAUAGAUUGUAUAUGUAUGCUUAUUUUUUACUAUAAAUAUAAUUUAUUGAAUGAUUUUCUGAUGAUAUUGUACGAUUUUAAGAGUUUGCGGGUAAACAGAUCUGAUGCUAUCAUUAUUUUCCUGCCUUAAUUUUAAUUUGAAAAAAACAAACUAAUUUAAAUUUAAUAAAGUGACUGGGUUGGGUGAGUUGAGCCCAUUGAAUAAUUGCAUAUUCCCAUGGCUUCAACACUUCCUGUUUCCACCUUUUUACAGACAACACACUGUUGUCAACAGCACUUGCGACUGCAGGCCGUUGACAUUGACUCUUCUUGCAGCAUUGCAGCGUAUCUAGAGAGAUACAAUAAUUUUGCUAUGUUAGCCUUGAAAUUUAUCCAUGAGGAAAGAAGCCUAUAUAGGAAAUUAUGCUUUGUGCUCUACCCAUCAUGUAAUAUGCUUAUGACGCGUCCCGCAUUACCCAUCACAGGCAAAAAAACGUGUGGCUAGUCCCAAUUUUGAAAAAGAUAUUACGUUUUUUAAAGUUUAGAAGCCAUGAGGCCUUUAGUGUUUUAAGGAUGUUUGGCCUGUUUUGUUCCAAACAUCUUCAAUCUGUAUAAUUGCACACCAGAAAUGUAGCAAGUUGGCUUCAACAUAACAUAAAUUUGUUACUUUACCCACUACUGUCUGCUUACUACUGUCUUAAUACACUCAUCAUACUAUUUAACCUCCUUUGACAAUUGCCCACAUUAAACCUUUACAACAAUGUACCACCUUCUGCUAUAUUAUACUUCUGCUGGGUGCCUAUUGUAGCUAUCGCUCUAGCUCAAUAAUUUGUAAAAUUUAAAAAAAAAAGAUCCAUUCAGCAGUUGCCAGCUGCAAAAAUCCCACUUAAAAUGUAUGAAACAUCAAUUAGGUAUCAGUCUUAAAAAAUUCUUUUAGCUAAAUCUAUUUCAAGGUGCACUAAUUUAAUGUGACCAAUAUUCAUAGCUGAUUCUGAAAUAUUAGUAAUGAGUGCAAAAUCAAAACUUAUAAAUGUAAUUUAUCUAAUUCUAAUCAAAAGCAUUGUAGUCUUAAUGUCACCUCUUAUCUGGAACAUUUUUAACUGUAGGCACAUUUAACAUUUUGUUAAAAAAUAUUUGUAAUUUCUCCUGAAAUAGUAUUAGUUAUAAUCUUCAGUUGGCUGAUUGAAAAUUUUGAUUUGAACAUUUUGAAAGAAUUUCUUUUUUUUCUAAUUGUUUUUGGAUGCAUAAUAACUGUUCUAUAUUAAAUUAAAAAAAAAAAAAAAAAAGUAGGCCUAGGCUAUAGUAUAUAUUUACUCAAUUUAAAGGUACGAUGUAUGAAUUGUUUUAUAUGACACUUUAUUUAAGGAUCAGUCGGGUAAACAUUUUCACCUGGUACCAACUAUUUUUGGAUUCCUUUUGCUGAACCUGAGUACUGUUUGUACAUUAUUCAUGUUGACACUGUAUAUUACAGCGUAUAAUGCCAUGUCUGAGUUUAAUGUGACCAUUACUAACUGGUUAAUUAUAAUUACGUCCAUUAAAAAAAUUGUUUAUCAACAUUUGAGAACUAUCAAGCUUUAAACAAGCUAUUAAGUUUAAAAUUUGUGAUUUUGUAAUGAUUGUUAUGAUUUUGGAAUGAUGUAAACAUGUCAGAAUGCAUGCAGAUCUAAUGUUAUAUUGAGUAGAUAUGAAGUUAGUGUUGAUAAGCAGCUGAUGUAUUUUUUUUUCUUUCUGGGUUAUGGUUGGGAUAUAGUAUUCCAUUCCACAAGUUUGAAAUUGACACAAUUUAAACUGCAUAACCAUCCAGCCUCUCAAUUUAAUAUGCAAAUGAAAUGAAUAUCUUUAAAUAUUUUAUUUUCAAAUAACUUUUUUGCAUAUAUGGAGGUGUAUACUUGAAAAAAAUAAUGUGAUAUUCAGUUAAGGCAAAAUAUCAGGCGAUUUCCCGUUGUUCCUUACUUUAAACUGCUUUGAACUCAUGGCAAAAUUUUAUUUUUAUUCUUUCUGUGACAGCAGAGGUACAAUCACAGAAUGAAUUUAGAAAUGCAUAAAUUUCCAACAGUUGCAUUUGAAACAUUAUACGUAAUCUGAAACACAUAGCUUAAGCCUAAUCAGAUGUUAAAAAAAAAAGAUUGUAACGUAUUCUCAGGACUUAGACUUAGAUCACUUUUACUACUAAUUAUAAAAUUAUUUUAGGGCUUAACUGGCUAAUAUGAUGUAAUUGCGAGGGUUGCACCAAUAGGUAGGCCUAUCAGCCUACUGAAAAUAUUAGAUACAAAUAAUGCGAAAUAUUUAAAAAAUAUUUAAAAAAAAGCUCUAAAAUGCCAUGACCACUUUUAAAAUGACAGUUAAUCUUGUUUCCUAUUGAAAAAAUCUUUCUGACUAGUACCAGUGGUUGAAUAAUUAAAUCUUUUGUUGGCUGAAAGAUAUAGAAUAAUUUGUUUCACAAAAUUAUGGCAACCUCUGUAAAAGGCAAAUAUUGAGAUCUAAUUUACAAUGUAAAGAGCUGAACUCUCUUCAUGAUAGUGAAUGGAACUCAUGUGUUGAAAGUCUUAUUUAAUUAUGUAAACAAUUAUUGUCACAUAAUAAAGUUGUAUAGUUAUUACAGCUCACUCUGCUGAAGAUGGAAUUAUGUUCAGAAUUAAUUUAUAAUGUAUUUAAGGAAUUUAGUAUGAUAUUAUUAAAUGAAAUAAAAUUGUAUUCAAACGUUAUUUGUUUUAUAGUUAUUCAAAAUUUAAAAUUUCAACAUCCAUAUUUCCAAACAAAGCAGGCAAAUUGUUUCUACAGUUAAUUCAUGAUAAAAAGGUUGAAUCAGCUGAGCUUAGACUUCUACACAUAUUGACAUUGUUAUUCAUAUGGAAUGUAACUAAAUUGAGUAAUUAAUAUUUUUUAUUAUCGACAAAAUUGGGAAGUGCUGCUAGUUCUACAUUACAUUAAGUUAAAAAUGGAAACAUCCACUACCACCACACACACAAUAGUAAUAUAUUUUUCAGAAUAAAAAUAAAUUUUGUGAUUUGGGUGUAAAUAAUUUUUAAAACCUAAAGUAAGUGAACAAAUAAUUCAUGUUACUAUCUUCAUUCUGUUUUAUUUUAGAAAUGAGGAAUUUCCCAAAGCCUUAUAAAUUAUGCAUUUUCUGUAAGUUCUCUGGAUAUUUCUUGUGUUAAAAUUGGUUUUGUUUGGUGAUGGUCUUUAUGGAUGGUUUUGAGUUAUUCCAAUGAAUAUAAACAUUUUAAAAGGUCAGAAUAUAUAUCUUUUUAGCUCAAUGGCAAUUCUAAUUGUUUAAAAUUUUAAAUUUUAAAUUAUUUUGGAGAAAACAACAUUACUCUUUAAUUCUAUUACAACAAAACAAAUCCAUAAAUUUUAUUUCCGAACAUUAACAUUUUUGUUAUCAUUUUGAAGGAAAGCUAUACCUUCCCCCAUUUUAUUUUACAGUAUAUUUUGAAUUGUAGAUAAAAUCUGUUAUGGAUAUAGUUGAUUUGUAAGAUAAAAGUGGAUAAAUAAAGGUGUUAACAGAAAUUAUGCAAACAUUAAUAUUUGAUAUAUCAACUGUGUGUGUACAUCAGUAACAUGCCCAUGCCACUGCUAAGUUUCUGGUGUGCUCUUUAAGUUUAAGGGAUACAGAUAAUACAACACCUGACCACCUGUUCUAAAGUUAAGUCCGAAGUUAUGCACAUUUUAAUUGUGAUGCUGACGUUUAUGAAAUGAAGCAGUAAUAUCCUGUGAUAUUUUUUAAUUUUCAAAAUUCAUGAAAAUAGGGAGUUGAUAGUUUUAGCAUGGUUUCUCUUCAGAUAUAACAGGUGGUCUGAUCCUAGUAUUACUCUUUACCAGUUUGAAAAUUAACGUUGUCAUUGCAUGGAAUUCUUUUCCUGUUUCUCCAACGAAAGAAUUGUCAGAAAUAUCGAAGGUAAUCAUCUUUAAAAAAGAAAUCUUGUGUUAGCAUAUAAACUUGUAACAAAUUUAAUAUAUAUUUUUUUUCAUAAUCUGUUUUCUCUCGUGAUUACGGCUCUCUGGUUUAUGAUAUAAUUUGCUUUAGCUUGCAUCAAGUCAAAACCUGGAUUUAUUAAAAGAGCAAAAGGUUUUUGAGUGAUAGGAUGUGUCUGAUAUUGUUAUUUGUUUUCUGAUUGUAGAAAUUACCCAAAUAAAGCAAAAAUAUUAAUAUAAUAUAUAUUUUUGUGAACCUGCAUCGUCAUAUAUAUAUUUUUUUUUUACAAACAUUCAAAUUAAUUUUCCUAAGGACUACAAGGAAAUAUUUUUUUGAUGGACAGGGUGCCAACGAAAAAGUUAUGCGUCAAAAGACAUUGGAAAUUAAAACUUAAAAAUAAAGCCACAAAUUAAAUAUAUUUUUGAUUUUAUUUUAAUUUUUCUCCACACAUUUAUUUACUUAAGAUGGGGGCAUUACAUAUACAGACCUGUUUACUCUUACGAUUUUGGCGUACAAUGUACGAUUUUGAGGUGUAAACAUUAUUUAUACUGUAUGUUUAUUUUUUACUAUAAAUAUAAGGGAUUGAACGAUUUUGUGAUGAUAUUGUACGAUUUUAAGAGUUUGAGGGUAAACAGGUCUGCAUAUGAUAAAAUAUUUAAGCUUAAUUCUUCUUUCUUCCCUUUUUAGAGCCCUUGGUGUGGCACUCUGAAACCAUUGAGUCAAGAUUGUUGGCACAUAGAAGCGACACCACUUCCAACGCGUAUAUGAAGUUCACAGUCCCCCAGAAACAUCUGAGUAAAGUUGACAGCAGUAUUCAUAGGAAGCGAAGACCAAUUUAUAUAAACAGUCAGCAAUCAUGUCUUUUAACAUUGACAGAAGUAACACUGAUCCAUUCUACCGCUAUAAGAUGCCUCGGCUCAUAGCUAAAGUUAGUCUUAGUACUUACCACUACUUUGUACAUUUUUUAGAUUUUUUUUUUCUGUAUGGUACAUUGUUGGCAAAUUUAUUAAUGCAUUAGAUUUAAAUUGUCAAAUUGAAAUUCAUUUCUGGGAGUUUGAGAAUUAGUGAUUACAUAUAUGAUUAAAUAUUUUUUUUUUGAAUAACUUACAUUUACCAGGUAGAGGGAAAGGGAAAUGGCAUCAAAACCGUGAUUGUCAACAUGACAGAAGUGGCUAAAGCAUUGUCCAGGCCUCCAACCUGUAAGUUUUCUUCUGCAAAAAUAAUGUUACAUUAACUUUUUUAACAAGUUUUUAUUCAUUUAACACUGGAAUUUACAAAGUAAAGAAUUAUUAACUCACUCUAAGCACAUGACUUUCUUAUCUAAUCUGAAUUCCUGAACAAUGGGAAGUAAUUUUAGAUUCAACCAUAUUUGUAAGAAUUUUUUUAAAGCUCCUACUUGUUAAUACAUUUUAAUAAACUAACAGAGGUAUCUAGAAUUCAAUGUAGUUAAAGAAAUAUUUAACAUUAAUGGUAAAAAAACAAUUGACAAACAAUUUUUAGCAAGACAAACUGUGCUAAAACAUAUGGAUAUAAAAAAAUACAAACUUGAUUGAAAUCAGCUAUCAAUGAAGUUUCAGACACACAUGAUAUCAUUAACUCUUUCUCUCCGGAUCAACACUCCCAUCGUUGAUUUUAAAUGAGGUUUCAGGCGAAAGGACGAUGAGAUCAUUGAUGUAUAAAAACCUGUUUAAUUUGGUUCUUUUCUUAGCUAUUGGUUUUUAAUUACUUUUAAUCAAAUCUAGCAAGAUUUCCCUUUGAUAAAUAUCCGGUUUUUCUUUAUUUUAACGAGUUUUUACCUAGAACGAAGUGUUUGAAGAGGUUAAUUUUGAUUGUCCAUUUUAUUUUUGUUUACAAACAUGAAAUCUUAACCUGACCCAUCUGGUGGUCGAUCUAAUAAAGGUUGAAAAUAUUACUCUGACGAUUCAGACAGUGAUUUUAUGAUUUUGGAUGCAGAGGCUGUUUCUGAUUUUAAUCCUAGUUCUACUAUUAUUAGUGAUGAAAUUUUUAAGUCAUCAGCUGAUGAACAACCCGCUAAAGUGCCUUCUAGAAGAGCUAAUACUGUUCCUACUAUAAAUAAUGUAGAUUCUAAAAAGAAAGCUGCUGAUCUUAGCACUAAAACUGAGUGCAGUUUCAGAUUUGAAAAAUGUAGGUGUAAAUUAGGAGCUUGUAUUGUGACAAGUAACCUUCACUAUUUUUUUUACUUUGCUAGACACACAUAUUAUUCACAAGCUUUUACAAUCAAUAAAUGAGUAUGCUUCCUACAGAAUUAAAAUCAACACUCCAAGACUUAUCGAAGCAAAACAUGUGCCUAUUAAGUAUUAGCUCCAAAAAGGGCAGUAUGCAAACACUAUAGAACAGGGCGAACUGUACCGGUAUACGUUUGUGCUGGAUGUUAGUCAAAUCCACACAUCCAUAUGGAUUCAGGCUUACCAUAGCUAACGCCAGAUGAAAUUUUCCAUUUAACAUAAUAAAUAUUUGUACAUACAAGGAUAUUUUCUCAUAGCAACAGAUUGUUUCCAGUGGAAAUAAUUUGUUUUUUUUUCUGAAUUUUUAAAAAAUUUUUGGCGGUGACAAUGGAUAAUGUGCUCUGGUGUUUCUUUUUUCUCUUUUUUUAAUGUGAUCUUUAUUAAUGCACAUAUGGAUAUCGUUAAGAAAAAAAACAAUUUUGUUACUCUUUGGAUUAUAUAUUUCUCUUUGUAUGACUUGGAAUGUGAGUUUUGUGAACAUUUGGUGAGUUUUUUAUUUAAAGUUUUUAUUUUCCUUAAAUCAUCACAUUUAUAUAUUAAAAUUUAAACCCAAGGCUGUAUUGUCUGUAAAAAGCAUGCAUUCGCCUUUAAUUCCAAACCAACCAUAACAUUUUAUGAUGAAAAACAAAAAAGUUAUUAUGGUUCAGAGAUAACAUAGAAGUGCGUAACAAAUAUGCAAAAUCGAUAAUUCCGUCAGAAACUACCGGUAUUUCCGUAGAGAAAGAGUUAAGUGAAAUAAUGCAAGAGGUGUACCAUGUGAAAUAAUGUAAUAGGUGUGUCAGCACACAUUUGGUCUCAUCUGACAGGACAACCCAAAUACACAUUAAGUGGCAUAAAGGGAAUUUAUUAUUGUUAUAAUAAUAUAGUAGUAAUUAGGCUUUUACUAUUUAGUUAACACAUUAAAAAAAAUAUUUAACCUUUUUUUAAAAAAAAAUCACAUAAAGCUUAUGCUGUGUUGCACAAUAUCCUAAAGCUUCUAAAUUUAUAGAUUCGGUUUGAGUUUGAAAGAGUGUUAACAUUUUAAAUUUGUAUUUUUGUUAAGCACACCACUUGGAACUGUUAGGGGCUUAUAACUCCAGUUAUAAAGUUAUAGCGCUGCUUUUAUAUGAAAUAAUAAUCCUUUGGUAUGUCCAUUUCAUUUGAUAAGAUCCUACCAAAUUUUUUGGCUGUGAACUGGGUGCUCAGACCCAGUUUGACUCAAAAAAUGACCGCUACAUUGUAAAUGGCUCACAUACUGACGAAAAACUGCAAACUUUGCUGGAUGGGUUUAUCAAGAAAUUUGUCCUAUGUCCAGAGUGCUCGAAUCCAGAGACCAACCUUGUGAGUUUUAAAAAUAAAUUUCAAUAUUAAAUUUAAGAGCAGUAUUUAAAUUUUGGAAUGUGAAUUUUCUUACCAUACCUUAUUUAGUUGUUAUAUAUAAUUUAUAAUCCUCAUGACUUUAUAAAUGAAGAAGCUACGUAUAAUUGUUAAUUUUCUCCCAAAAAGGUUGUGCAAGUGAAGCGUGGUACUAUCAUGCAGCGCUGUAUAGCCUGUGGAUAUAACGGCUCAGUGGACAUGAGGCAUAAACUGACCACCUUUAUUCUAAAAAAUCCGCCUGACCAGGUAAAGUUCCAAAAAGUGCUGGAUAAAAUCUUAAGCUAUUAAAAUAAAAUUAUAAACAAUUCCUUUUUUUAAAUUGAAGUUUCCAUAUAUUUGCACUACCCGGUACUUUGCAUACUAUUUUAACAGGUUCAUUCAUUGUGUUUUUUUAGAAAUUUACAGUAUAUACACUUAAUUUGGUUCUUUUGACAUAAGUCUAAUGUAAUUACAAGGACCCCAAUGCUGCUACACCAAGCAAAGGAAAAAGAGGUAAAAAGGAAAAAGGUUGUAAAAAGGAUGAAGAUGAAAAGGAUGGCACAAGUCCAGAGGCCACCCCUACAACAGCACAAGAGCAAAUGGCAGCAAUGAGAGAAUCUGGAAACAUGAUGAAUUUACUACCACCAACAGUAGGUGUUUUUAAAAGAGAAUUAUCUGCUGUAUUUAAAAACUAAAUGUUAAAACUUAUCUGUAACAUUUUGGCAUUUGCAUAAUAUUGAACUUAUCUGUAUGAAUUUACCGGCAUGCUUCCUCUGAAGUCACACAUCUGAAUGAGAACUAAUAAGUCCCCGAUUUUGCUACAAGAACUCACUGAAUGGCUGUUUGAAAUAAUUUAUUAUAAAUGUCUUGUGUUCAAAUUGUUAUAUUUUUGAGCUGAAAAUGUAUAAUGCAAUAAAAAAAAUUUCCAUUUAUUUGGAUCAAUAAAAGAAUCUUAUCUUAUUAAAAUACCUGAAGAGAUGAUGAGAAAAUGUAUGGAUUCCCCUACAUAAACUUCUAUUGAUUGAUAACACAUACUCUGAUCUUCAUUUUUUAAAUUUUCUUAGUCCAGAAUGACAAAUUUUAAUCAUUUAAUAAUCAUAAAAUUUCAAAUAAUCAAGCAAAACUUAGUGUAGGUUACUGUUAAUACUUAGAAAUCACAUGCUUUCAGAAACAGAAAGGCGAAGAAGAUGAUGAUGACUGGGGUGAUGACUUUACUGAAGAAGCUAUUAAGCAAAGGAUGGAGGAGCUGUCAGAUGCUGCUAAAGGUCUAGCUUUUACGGAUGACUUGGAAAAAUCAGCUGAGGAUCGUUUGAAUAUGAUAUAUGAACUGAUCAAAGUAAGUUGCUUUAGCUAACCCUUUUUUCCUUUUGACAUUAUGUUUUAAUGUUUAAGAAAUAACAAGAAUAUGAGAUCUAUGAAGUUAUGAUAAAACAUUACAAUUAUAUUUUUAAAGAUAAAGAAAGAUGAUGAUGAGUUGACCAAACAAGCUGCUAUCAAAGAAAUUUUCUCUGAAGCGGAGAGACUAGAAGUGAAAGAAAAAGUACCUUUGGUACUUGUGGAGCUUCUUUUAAAUGAAAAAGUUCUGGUGCAAUUGCAGAAAUACAAAGGUCUCUUUCUAAAGGUAAGUCCUGCAGUCUCUUAUCACUGUGCUUCUAGUAAUAUUUGAGUUUGUUAAAGUUAUGGAAUGAUUCUCCUAACCAAUUUUGGGAUUGAGAUUAUUCUUACUUACUAUUAACAUUUUAUUCACACUGUCCAUCUUUAGCUUUGGUGCUCAUUCCCAAUAUUUAAAGUAAUUUUUUUUUUUUUCAUUUCUGGUUUUAGUUUUGUGUUCAGAAUCAAAAAGCUCAGAAAGCUUUACUGGGUGGCCUUGAGAUCCUUUUGGCUAAAGAGUAUCCUGAGCUUGUUCCAAAAACAAGCCAUAUUCUCAAAGUACUGUAUGAUCUUGACAUUCUUGAAGAGGCUGUUAUUUUGGAAUGGGGCAAAAAGGUAAUAAUGAGUGAAUGAGUUCUAUUUGUUGUGUCUUACAGGUCUCAUAACAUCUGUGGUGUUAACACCGCAGUGAAUGUUGUAUAUUUAAAAUAUUUCAAAGGGAACACAACUUAAAAAAAAAAUUAAAUAUUUAAAAAAAACUUAACCCUUUACAGUCCAAGCCUAUUCAUCCUUGUCUACUCCCAGCGCCCAAGCAAGGGGACAUACUCAAUUUUAAAUGAAGGUUCUUUAUCUAAUUAAUUUACAGAAAAUAAAACUAGAAGCCAGAAAAUAAAAUUAAAAAUAACUUUGGACAAAUAAAUGCUUUAAGCAAAAGUUGCACCUAAAAACAGUUUCGGGGACUCUCCCACUUUGAUUUGUGAACUAUUCUCAAACCACUCUGAUCUUGCUGAUCAGUUGGAGUGGAAUUAAUAGGUCAAAUGUCAUCAAUGUCUCUACUAUUACUAUAAUCUUCUUCACUUGAAUCACUAUUACUAGAAGCGUCUUUAAAAUUAAUGUCUAUAUCAGAUUCUUCACUAUUGCUGCUAGACUUAUGAAAUUGUGAAGCUUCAUUAGGCCUAAGUUCUUUCAAAAUUUUAUCCAAGGCUUGGAAAGCGAUUUUUUACAGCGAAAAAAUCACAACUUUUUUCGCAACUUAAAAAAAAAACAAUAGCAGAAAAUGAGCCCCGAAACACACCGCUUUCAAACCAGUAUUAAAAUAAAUGGUAAUGCCCAAUGGAUUUCCGCUGUGUUAAGAAUGAAAGUAAACAACCUCAAAAUGGGCGGGUUUGGCCGCAACGGACUGUAAGCUUAAGGAAAAAAAAUGGUGCAUUUCAGGCUUAUCGGACUGUAAGGAGUUAAAUUAUUUAUUAUAAACAAAAUCCUUGAAGAAAAAACUUGACAUUUUGCUGGUUAAAAAAAAAUUAUAGUAAUUAUAAUUCCCUCUUCCCAAAAGUUUCCAUAUGCACCUAAAAACUCCCUAAUGUUUUAGUGGUCGCUCUAGGUCAUAAUUAUUUGUACCAGCUGGUACUUUAUAAAAAUGAAGGCAUGAUGAAACUUUUAAUGGAUUCCCCUUCAUAUUUUUUAUGACUGAAAUUCCAUUUCUGACCUUUUUUAUUUAAUAAAGAUUCUUUAAGUGGAUACAUUUAAUAUUCAAAAAUUCUUGGUUUUCGCUGUAUGUAAUCUAUGCAAUUAGUUUAAGUAAUCUUAUAUAGAGGAAGUUGUUUGCCACAUGAGCCUUAGAUACUACAAUUCAGAACAAAAAUCACAUAAACCAAAGAAGUAGUAGAAAUAUCUGAGUUGGAUUAAUAUUCAAUAUAUGACUAUUGUUUUGAGGAUUACCAUUUAAGUUUGUAAAUCAUUCAUGUUUGUGAUAGUAAUAUACACUGCAUUGGUAUAUUUUAAAUUUACUAACUUGCUUAAAUUUUGAGAAUUUGUAUACUGGUAUUUCCUAUUCUUCACCUGAAGCUCACUUAUGUCAAUAUAGUUUUAUUGUGUCCUAUUUUGGCUUACAAUUAUAUGUAAAGAACAUUGAAAUUGAGGCGUGAUGAAACUAUAAUGGAUUCCCCUUCAUAUGUCUUAUGACUGAAAUUCCAUUUCUGACCUUUAUAAUUCUUUAAAGAUGCAUUUAAGUGAAUAAGUUUAAAAUUGAAAAGUUGUUUCCACUAUUUUCUGCUAUGUAAUUUAUGUAUUUUAUAUGGAGGAAGUUGUUCGCCAUAUGAGCCUUAAAUUCUAACAAUAUAAAAAAAAAUUCUUAUAAACUGAUGAAAUGGCAAAAAUUAUCUUAGUGGGAUUAUAUUCAAAAUUGACUGGUAUAAAAAAAAGAGUUGUGAAGAUUACCCUUUACUUUAAGUUUAUUAUUCAUUCAUAUUUGUGAAGGUAAAAUAGACUUUAUAGUUUCAUUUCAAUUGACUACAAACAUUUCUCAUAAUUAUAUAUAUUAAAUUAACACAUUGGGCAUUCGUUUAUUGGUCCUCCAUCUGAAGCUCACUAAUGUAAAUAAAUAUUUUUAUUGUGUCUUUCAAUAUAAUAUCAGUAAAGAACAUUAAAAUGAAGGUGUGAUGAAACUAUAAUGGAUUCCCCUACAUAUAUUUUUUGAUUGAAAUUACAUUUCUGACCUUCAACAUUUGUUUAAAAAAAUAAUUAAACACCUUCAACAUUUAUUAAAAAAUAAUUAAACUAAAUACAUUUUUAGCUUAAUGUUAAAUUUUAGUAUUGUAAAUAUGUUGGCUAUGACCAUUAAUGCUUAUAUGUGGUUAGUUUCACUGAUGUCCAAAAGUAAGUAGUUUUCUAAUGUAUUUUAACCUGAAGUCAUCAUGAGUAUAUGGUUGGAAAUGAUUACUUCACUAAGAAUAGUGUUUAAAUUAUUGAAUUAAAAUAAGUAGUAUAUUUUUCAGCUUCUUUGAUAUUAGUUAACCUUUUCUUUGAAUCAUAUGAGUGAUCUUUAAUUUAUUUAUAAUUCGAAGUGUUUCUCAAUUAUAUUAAGUGUUCUUAUUAUAUGUACCACACAAUCCUCCAAGAUCCUUUAUCUACACCAAUGCGCUUGCACAAUUAUUUUUUUUGUCACUUCCUUGGCCUCCCAUUUUUCAGUGUUAACAGUUUUAGUGAAAUUUAAUGCAAGAAUGUGGCAUGUUGAAUUUGUAUGUUUAACAUGUUAACUGGUGAGAUAGACUUGAGUGUCUAGAGUUGGUAGCAAAGACUUGCAAUGAUGAUAAAAAUAAUGGUUCUUCCUUUAAUUUAUACACUGACACUCCACACGCGUCUUAAGCGCGAUAGUUCGAAAUGAAGGUGUGAUGAAACUGUAAUGGAUUCCCCUUCAUAUUUUUUUAUGACUGAAAUUCCAUUUCUGACCUUUUUUAUUUAAUAAAUAUUUAAAUUUUGGGCAUUUGUAUACUGGUAUUUCCAAUUAUUCAUCUGAAGCUCACUUAUGUAAAUAUAGUUUUAUUGUGUCCUAUCUUGGCGUACAAUUAUCUAUAAAGAAUAUUGAAAUUGAGGCGUGAUGAAACUAUAAUGGAUUCCCCUUCAUAUGUUUUAUGACUGAAAUUCCAUUUCUGACCUUUAUAAUUGUUUAAAGAUCCUAUUAAGUUAAUAAGUUUAAAAUUGAAAAGUUGUUUCCACUAUUAUCUGCUAUGUAAUUUAUGUAAUUAGUCUCUGUAAUCUUUUAUGGAUGAAGUUGCCAUAUGAGCCUGAUAUUCUGAACAAUUAAAAAAAUAAAUUCCACAUAUUCCGAUAAUUAGUAGAAAAUAUCAUGGUGGGUUAAAGUUUUAAAAUAUGACUUUUAUAGUUGUGAGGAUUACCACAUUAUAAAUCAUUUAUGUUUGUGGAAUUUUGGGCAACUUUAAACUAGUAUUUUAAAUUCAUUAUCUGAAGCUCACUUAUGUAAAUAUAUAGUUUUAUUGUGUCUUAUUUUAGUGUACAAAUAUCUAUAAAGAACACUGAAAUGAAGGUGUGAUGAAACUAUAAUGGAUUCCCCUACAUAUGUAUUUUUGAUUGAAAUUCCAUUUCUGACCUUCAAUCUAUUUUCAAAUUAAGCUGUUUUUGAGUGGACAAUUUUAAUAUUGAAAGCAGCUUCAGUCAGCCAUUAUGAGCUUUUUUAUCACUUGACUUCAAACUUUUGGAUAUUGUAGGUUGCUCACAUUUUGGUACUGUUAUUUUAGGCCUUAUUUAAGGGGAUACAAAAAUCUAUAAGCAGUUUAGUUGGUAUUGCAUUACAGUAGUGACUAUAGUUUGAACUAUCCCUUAAAUAAGCUGGUGUGAUUUUGAACAUGAUCUCUAUUUCUGAUGCUAACUACAAUGGUUUAUGCUUUGCUUUUUGUCUCCAGCCAACUAAGAAGUAUGUAAGCAAAGAAGAAAGCACUCAGAUUCUUAAGGAAGCUCAAGCAUUUGUCAAAUGGCUUGAAGAGGCAGAAGAAGAGACGGAUGAGGAUGAUGAAAAUGAUGAAAAUGAAGAAGAUGUAGAGGUGACUUUUUGUUUUUGGGAUCAAUUUAUUUUCCUGAAUGACCAGUACUGAAAAAGGGUGUUCUUUGUUGAUAUGUGCUCCUUGCCACCACUUUAAAAGGCUUUAUGAUGCAUUGAGCAAUAGCCAAAAAAAAGAGAAAUCACUUUUUUAUCAGAGGGAAGAGAAAUAAAGACCCUAAGCAAGUUUGUAAAAAUUAGUGCCAGAUGUCCUUUUAUGCCUUUUACACAAUUAAUUAGACCAUUAGAAAAGUAUAAAAAUUAUGGAUGAAAUAUUGCUCACUAUUUGCCCUACUUUGCGUUCCUCAGAUCAUCUACUCUAACACCCAGAAAGUUGGUGAAAUCACAGUGGAGCCUGUAAAGUCAACUACUGCCAACUCAACACCUGCUAUCAAUGGAGGCAAAAAGCCAGUUGCUGCAGAUGAUGAUGAUGAGGAUGACAUUGACAUUGAUGAUAUUUGAACCAGCUUAUUGAAGACAUCUUCUGAAAGGCUUAGCAUUUACUUUCCUGGUGGUUACGUCAUGUUAAAAUGGUGAACAGGUUGUGAUUGUGGCCAUUGUUAUUUUUUUUAGGUCAUUUAUCAUAAAAUGCUGAACUUAUUAGGCAAUAUUAGGUCAUAGCUUAUUAUUACGACAAGAUGUAUUAAACUAUAGAUAUAUUAAAGAUAUUUGGAUCACUUUUCCCUUUUUAAACUCUGUAGAUAUUUCACAAGAUAAAAAGUUUUAUCUAAAACAUUUGACUAUUUGUUAAAGAUAUAGUUUAGAUUUUUAAAAAAGUAUAAGUUGAAUAUAAUCAGUGUCUUAAGAUAACUUUACAAAAAUUGUGUUGUUUUUCAGCACCAAUGAAAUCCAUCAUAAUCUGCAGUAGUUUGUCAGUGUUUUAAUAUUUUAUUUUGAUUAAAUUCUCUUCAAUUUUGUCACAUUGUUUCAUUAUCAUGCACAACUGUUCUCUUUCCCCCAAGUCUGAUUGUGAGCAGUUGUUCAUCCUUGGUGUGAUAUAAUUUAUCAUAGGUUGUCAAGUACAAGUUAUUUAGUGGAACAGAGAGAUUUAUCAUUACAAAAAUUAUAUGUACAUGUAUAGCCGGAUGUCAUGUUUAAUGAUUUUAUUCUGUGGAAAGAUAAUAAAGUCUACUGUAAUGAUGCUCUGAUAGUUGAGUUGUAAAAUUGGCCUGUCCAAAACAUGUUUGACCAAAUCAAGUUGAAAGUGAACAACUCAGCAGGACCUAUUUUUUAUGAUCUUCUUUCAUGAAACUAAAGUCAUCAUAUACCUGUGCACAAGUUGAAUUCUUUGUACUUAUCUGUGCUUGAGUUUCUAUCAGCUGUUACCAUAAUGUCAGUGUGGCCAGAAUUAAGGCUCAAGUUUCUCUCCUUUGAUAGGUCUAUAUAUUUGCUCCACUAUUCCAUUCUAAUGCUGGAAGUUAUCUUUAGUAUUGUGUAAGUAACCAUUUGAUCUGUGUCAGUGUAUACAAACAACAGUUUCAUUUAAGCUGGAACAAUAAAACAAUGUUGAAAUCA